UGACUCGUCAAAUAGAGUCGUGAAACAAGAAAAAGGGCGGGAACACGAAGCAACCAAAACCCUAGAAGAGAAUAAACCCUCUGAUGGCACCGCUCUGCUCUAAGAUCUGAAUCGACUGCUGAUCCCCACCCGUUUCGCAAAUGGGAGAUCCCUUUCAAUCUCUCCUUGAACCCUGCCAUAUCUCAUCUUCCCAAGAAGAUCUCCUCCGAAAUUGCCCCUUCACUCGUCAAUCCCACGACGGUUCCGGUGACGAUUCUCCAGACUCGGGCGGAGUUCCGGUGGAAUCUUCCGGAAUCAUAAUGCUCUCGUUGCCGGAGAGUACGUAUGAAGAAACCACACCCCAGGAUGAGUUUCAGACCCCGCCGGAAGAGGUUCAGCCGGCCAGCUCCGCAGAACAGAGAGCUCCAGCCUUCGAUCGACAACAUGAAGUUUGGGUUGAUGAUGACAAGGAAGGCAGCGUGGCCGCAGAUGUUAGUUGUACGGACGGAGCUGCAACGGUUGAACUAGGUAAGGACUCGGACCUAGGUUUUUCAGGGCCGACUUCGGCAGUGAAAGUUGUCGCUGUUUCAAAUGUUGACGGAGUUGGUGCUAGUGAGGUUUCUGAGUCUGGGGUGGAGAAAUGUAGGGUUUUGCUGAGAGGAUCGCAGGAGGCUUCAGGUGAGCCUCCAUCCAAAAAACCUAAUAUUUAUGAGGAAAAUUCAGGGAAUUUGAAUAUUAACAGUGUCAGUCCCGGCAAUUGUAACACUAUAUCUCCCCAAAACAAUCAGGGUAAUGAAAUAAUGUUGAUUGAAGACACUCCGGUGAAGAAGAAGCCGUGUUUUCCAGAAUCGGAGUUUGAAGAUACUGGUGGAGUCUCAGGCCUGGGAGAGGACCCUAUGAAGACGGAUUCAGAUGUUGAUGUUACCAAGAGGGAAGGUGUAGAGAAUGGUAAGAGCAAUGGGGAUGUUUCUGAAGGUGAUAUACUGCAAAGCAUUGUUGGGAGAGAUACAAUUAGGAAGAACAUAGAGGAUCUUGAAAAGUUCAAAUAUAUCAUUCGAAGUGUUCGUAAUGGUCCACCCCUUCCACCCCUGUUGUCUGAAGUUCCUCAAGCGCGACGUGAAUUACCAUUAUCAAUUUGUGGGCCAGUGGAAGAUGCAGCAAGGGACUCAGUCACUGGAAAUCGGCAACAGGUUACAGUGGUGGAUGUCUUGAAAAUAUUAUGUGGAGAAUGUGAUUGGAAUGCCGAAGAGACUGAAGAGACUGAUAUAUUGGAGAUUGCCAAGAGAUGCGGUAUGACUUUCCCUCGGCCUAGGUGGUGGCCACCCAGUGACAGUGAAGAUGUAUAGCUCACCCAUGAAACAAUGGGUGUUCUUUUUGGACUUUUUGGCAAGGUGGGUUUUGAGAGCUAGUGAUCCUACUCAAAGGAAUAGUAUAUUUGAGGGCAUCAAAUGUUUUUUGGAGGUGUAUCCACUUUGAAAGGUACUGAUAAGGUAUCCAUGCUAGAACCUUUGAACUUGGAACCGAGAAGGUAUGGAUAGUUCUGGAUGUUUAAUCUUGUUGUGGAUGAAUUUUGUAUGAUAUGAACUGUCUUUUGGUUAUGAAACUGGGGUUCAAAGAUAGAGAACUUUUGGAAGACAGUGACUCCUUUAGGGAGAGAAUCUUGUUUAUGAGUUCAAAUUGUAAAUAUCAUGUUUCUAAUAUGGUAAUAUGAUCAGUUUCCUCCUUCUGUUUAUCA